ACAUAUAUCUAAGUAUUGUUGUAUUUUCGUACAUAACGAGAAAAAGUGAUCAAUUAACGUGUUCGUCCUUCUUAGCUUCAAUUAAAUAAGUACUUAAGUUACAUGUCAACUCCUGCGCAGAACAUAAUUAGAGUUGAUUAGUUUACUUCCCACACUCAUAGCGCUCGCGCAGUCAUAUUCCCUACACAACACGUAACGCGCGUGGCGGUCAUCCCGACAUGUACCGAUUAGCUUUACUAUCCCUUCUGUGGAACCUCGGUGUAGAUUGUGCCACGUACCCGCGCUAUGGAGACACCUCUGGGUAUUCCACCGGUUACCCCACCAGCUACCCCAGCUCCACCAUAAACAACCUCAACAAUAACUUCCCGUAUAAAACCGCGGACUACGGGAGCGACAUCGCGAGGUUUCCAGAAGUGACGCGUUACCCCAACUACAGUCCUGCUUAUGGGUACACUACUCCCGGGUAUUCAGGCUCCGGGUAUUCAUCUACGAGAUAUCCCAACUACAAUACUGGAUAUUCGACGACAGGGUAUAAUACCCUGUACAGUGGGGGGUCGAGUAAUGUAAAUUAUAAUCAGGGUUAUAAUCGGUAUGGGGCAGGGUAUGGUUAUGGAACGGGGUCUAGUUACGGUACGGGUUCCGGUUAUGGUACAGGAACAGGAUAUGGCACAGGAACGGGCUAUGGUACAGGAACGGGAUAUGGAACCGGUUCUACUAUUGGAGGGUACACUUCAUACGAAGCUCCGUUCAUGAGGGGCCUUGGAGGAUGCGUCAACAGGUCCCCCCAAAUGGGAAUAUAUGUGGACAGUCUGAUGGGCAUGUGGUACGGAGUGGAGUACAUUCAGCACUUGGGUGCAGAUUCCAGGAUCGACUUCACCAGGACCUGCAUCGUUAUACACUUGGCAGAGCCGAUGGAUCGGCCAUCAACAGAGAACCAGUCGUUCCACGUGCAGCACAUCAACGCCAAGUUCCGGUAUGACUACAGACACCUGCGGCUGUUGUGGGACGAAGCUGGCCACACCACAGAGUAUGCGCUCUACUUCCGGAACGACACCGCUGGCUACUGGCACGUCUACGACGGACAGAACGGGACAUUGACCAACUUACCAAACUACCAGCAAUUCAGCGGAACGGUGCAAGUGCUGAAGGCAGUGAACGACCAUCUCGUGUUGAACUUCUGCCAAGAAGGGGUCAACGGGCGGUCUCCACAACUAUACUCUGUCCUCUUCUCCCGUUACCCUGGAGAGCUGAACCGGUGGGAGAUAGAGUCAGUACACAGCAUGUUGCAGAACAAGAAGUUAUCAACUGCUUCAAGAAGAAUGGUGUGUGGUAACAGUGCCGAUAGGCCUCUUUACAGCGUGUUCUUCUCAAUCCUAACGUGUGUAUUAGCUUAUGCCAUAGGUUCAUGGUAGAAUAUACCUAAGUAGGGAAUGUUUUGAGUGAAGUGAAUGUGAGCAUGAUUGUUUGACCGACAACGACAAUCAAACGAAGUAUUUUACAUAAUGUUGUAAAAACUAUUGAGUCAAUUUCGAUUAGGUACAUUGGUUUUCAUCAUUAAGAUUACACGACUUUACUAGUCCAUUUAAUAUCUACCUAUCUGUAAAACAAUAUUGGGGUAAGGUUAUAAAAAUGCGAUGAAGGAGAUUUUUCAUUUUUUUAUAGGUAAUACUUACCUACUUACUUUAUCUUUCUGCGAAAAAUAGUUGGUAUUCUGGAGUGCUUGUACACAUGGACACAGAGUUUCAAUAGAAUUGAUAAAAACUAAUGUACAAUGAGAUCAUAUUACCUAAAAACAGGUUUCACAUUCCCAAAUAUGACACAGACAGAAUUGCAAAAAAACGAAAAAAAUAUUUGAUGAUCUCAUAUUGUUAACGACAGCCUCCUUGGUCGUCCUAAAUUUUGUUUAUUAAAUAUACUUGUCAUAUUCAGUACGUUCCAUUGUGUUUUUGAAAAAAUGACAGUUUCGUUCAAUAUUAAAAUCAGCUUAUAAUGUUUUGCUUUCUCGAUCUUUUCAUACGUAUGCACUCUCAACACAUAUCAUGACUAAGUUAACUCUUUUCUUGAUUUAUACACAUUAUGACUUACAAAUGAGGCCAACUGAUAAAUAAUCAUACUAAAAUAUAGCAGGUAUACCUCUAUUUACCUACCUACUAAGUUGAUCGCAAUGGGAAAUAACUUGAAUACACAUUUUUUUGCUUCGACAAAAAGCAUAAAAUUAAGGUAUUGUUGUAUUUGUAAUUUAUGUUGCAUUAUGUUACAAGAUACAAAAGUGUAUCGUGUUGUCGAAAUGACAUAUUACAACAUCCGUCCUUACAAUUGAAAAUAAUUAUACGUUUAGUAGAUAUAGAUAUACUUGUGUGUUAUGGAGUACAAUUACUUGAUAUAAAGCGAUUAUUACACGACCGAUAAGUGUUAGGCUGAGAGCUGUUAUGAUGCUAUUUCUACUUGCUUUAAAAGAAAUGUUUUAUCAAAACUGUAGGUACACUACAUGCUACAGGGGGUUAAAUUCAUCUAAAACCUGUUGCAAUUUGAUAUUGGCGCAUAUAAUAGUACCUAAGGGUGCUACCAGAGCAAUCGAUCGAUCAUCGAUCGACAGCAUCGAUCGAUGGUAGAAUAGAAUAGUCGACGUCGAUCGAUAGUUUCUACCAGACCAAUCGAUCGACCAUCGAUCGACGGCAUCGAUCGAUGGUAGAAUGGAAUAGUCGACGUCGAUCGAUAGUUUCUACCAGACCGACGGAUCGAUUAUUGUCAUCGCCCGGCAAUCGAUCGACUGCUUAAUCGAACAGUAUCUGUCGAUCAAUUAAAGUUACCAGACCAGUCGAUCAACUUCGAUCGACGUUGAUCGAUGCCGUCGAUCGAUGAUCGAUCGAUUGGUCUGGUAAGUGGGAAAUGCAAACAAAUUCGAAUAGCAAUAUUGCUUUUUAGAUGAAUAGAGUCGAUGUGGCCUUUUUAACCCCCUAAGUCAAAAAAAGCCUAGGUACCAUUUGGUAUGUUAGGUAUUUAAUAUUUAUCUUGUAGUUACGCUUGUUUACGCUACGUGCCUAACUGCGUAUUUUAUCUGAAGUAUUUUCUCGCACUGCGUCUCAUAUAAGUAGUGAAAAUUCGAGAUUACCUACUUACUUAAUAUUUGUUCUCGCUUGUAUGAGGUUAUCGAUACAGUACGGUUAUAGAUACGGUACAGUUAGGACAUUUUGCCAUCGUAUCUUAUGGUACGAUUACGCAGACACAGGUAAGUAUAUAACUAACUCCCAAUAAGUGAAACGCGUCGUGCAAUAUUCGCCAAAAGUAUUACUACCUACA